AUGGUGUUCCGGUUCACUACGAUGGAAGAUCUGGAGAUGCUGUGGGAGCUGAUUCGUCAGAAGCCGUUUGCAGCAAAAAAGCGCGGAUCGACACUGGAGAUGUGGGAUAGUGUUGUUGCGGCUUUGGGCUCUGCCUUGAAAAAGGAGAUAAACGUAAAGCAGAUCCGCGACAGGUUUAAUCUACUAAAAGCUCGCUUCAAGGAAAAGGAGCAGCUUUCGGCGCUGGCAAGUGGUGUUGAAGAGUUCAUCCAUGCAUUUAACGUCCAGACUCACUACACAGACGUCGAUGGGUUGAUCGGGAGUAUAUGGAGCUAG